CUGCGGAUCGAAUCGAACCCGGAUCCGACUACGGCGACUUAGACCUUUCUAGUUGGCUCAAGCUCCGCUGAAACCAACGAUCAAAGCAGCCAGUGCCACUAUUUCCAACCGCUAGAUCUCUUUGACUCGCGACACUCGUCUUCUGCUUAUCCCAGCAAUGGCUGAUGAAGAACCUGUUGAUCAGAAGGGAUAUCUCGAAGAGUCUUGCAAACCCAAGUGUGUGAAACCAUUACUUGAAUAUCAGGCAUGUGUUAAAAGGAUCCAAGGCGAUGAAUCUGGGCACAAACACUGCACAGGACAAUAUUUUGAUUAUUGGUCAUGCAUUGACAAAUGUGUUGCGCCGAAGCUAUUCUCCAAACUCAAGUAAUGUCAGAUGACGAUGGUAGAUUGUGAUACUUAUCUUCUCACCUCCUAUUUUGUUGGAGACAUUUGAUUUUUGUACCCAAACUAUAGUUCUGUACGCUUGUUAUUGUGGUCACUCUGAAAGUUUGAACUGAUUGUGAUCUUAGGUCUUCAUUUAAUAAUAAUAAAAAAAAAAGAAACUAUUGGAAAUCUUUGCUUCUUUAGAUUUGGAAGGAUGCUAGUUUAUGUGACAGUGUCUGAUGUUGAUUGAUGAAUCUGACUUUUUGAGUCAAGUGGGAUUUCGUUGUGUAGUGAAUACAUUGUUGGGUUUUCCCAAUUCCCAGAGCAACUUUUGUUUUAUAUUCGUCUUUGUAUCAGAA